GUGUGGUUAGAAUAAUGUUCUCUUACCGUUGGGACGGGUCCAGUGGUGGGACGCGGUCCAGUGGUGGGACGGGUCCAGUGGUGGGACGCGGUCCAGUGGUGGGACGCGGUCCAGUGGUGGGACGCGGUCCAGUGGUGGGACGCGGUCCAGUGGUGGGACGCGGUCUAGUGGUGGGACGCGGUCCAGUGGUGGGACGCGGUCCAGUGGUGGGACGCGGUCCAGUGGUGGAACUCGGUCCAGUGGUGGGACACGGUCCAGUGCUGCACGCAGAAGAUUCUAGGUUUUGGUUUAUACAAACGGAUCAACAUCAUGGAACACGGAAAGUAACCCAGGAGUGCUACGUUCUACUUCUAAUUCAAGUUUGA